UAUUAUUGCACGCUACCCAUUUGUAUUGUAACACUAUGUAUGGAAAUAACUUCGUUGUUCCACGAGGAACUCUAACUUAACUACAGGAGCCUAUAGCUAUACGUACUUCUGAACAUGUCCAUUGUCCUACAUAUCUCAUCUAGAAUCCUCACUGAAUUGUACUAGAAACACCUCGCUUGUUUUUUAUCGUUUCGAUACGAUAAUUUUGUCAAUAUUUCAUUUGUUGUACCAACAAUGUCCCAGGAAGUGUAUUUAAUGGUGUACAAUGGCAGCCCAAAAUUCCACGAUAUCAUUCAUCUCAUCACCACCAUCUACUCCCUAACAGAACCACUCAACCAACACUUCUCUCCAUAAUCUGACCAAUCAAUAACUUAUUGAUAAUACUUGACGAAGAAAUCAUUCGAAAUGUCUACUCACGAGCGUGGGAGAGCAUACAAAAUAGAGGACGACGAUGAGUUCAGCUCAGACGUCCACAGUGGUGAGGGCGAAGACUACAAAGUCAUCGAAACUCUUACGCUGACAGACGCAAAAAAACGGAAGCACGGUGAGUUCCUCGUAGCUUCAACAUGGGCGGAAAAUAUUCGCCGGAGACUCUCUGAGAUUGAAGAAAUCGGUCUUGAAGAGUUGAAGGCGCAAAAACAUAAAGAGAUAAACAAAGCGGCCACAAAAGCAGAUAACAUCCGCUGGGCCCUCAUCGAAGUUGAAGACUGGGGGUUGGCGAUUAGAGAAGCAUUGCUCCCCGACGGAACGCCACUCAAGUUUAGCAAUUACUUCCUUACACACCUGAAGGGAGCCGUCGAGAAGGCUGAAGCUGCCAUGGGCCUCGCCAAAAUCGCGCUCACAGCUACCCUUAAUAUUUCAUAUUUAGGGUAUCUCUCUCAAGCUUCACUCGGUAUUCUCGGCGUGCCAUUUUCGAACUUGACCGAUACCCACGAAAGGCUCGCGAAGGAACUCCGGGACCUGGAGAAAAGAAUAAAGAUGUGGAGAGAAAUUGCCGACAAUCAUGGUGUCCCAGUAGACAAAGGAAAAGGCAGCACCUACAACGUGGAAGACGACCCUAUGGCGAAUCCCGCGGAUCCGUUUUUCGAAGCGAGCGAGGAGGUUCGUGAGAUUCUAACACAAGAACUUCAGCAAACCAUACAUAACGCCACCACGAUCGAUGGAAAGCGCGUUGACAGUGAGGCGAUCCUGGAUCGGUAUUUCAACUAUUUGAACCAGUAUCGUGACAACUUCUACGCAGCCGUGGGAACGCCAAAGGAAAAGAAGAUAAAGAAGCUGAUGCAGAGUAAAGAAGUCGCAGACAGAGUAGCUGAAAGACGGGAGCAAAGGCUGAAGGCAGCCAGAGAGGAAAGGGCCAAGAGAAAGGCACAGAAGGAAUUGAACGAAAAGAGAAAAGCGAGGACCGAGUUGAGAAAGGAUAUCAUCCGAAAGGCAGAGCUAGACCGAAAAGACUACGAAGAGAGAAAAAGAAAGAGGGCAGCGGGGAGCAAAGAGGAUUUGAGGCUUGGAUUCCCUACAUCUCCAUCUCAGCUCAAUAACCCAUCAGUCGAAGAGGGCGAGCCGGAUGCGAAGCGGCCUCGGGUUAAGUCACCAGAGCCACCAAAGCCAGUAUCACCAGUAAAAAAGGAAAGGACGCCACCACCAACGGCUCCGACGCCGACACCGGCCGAGAGCGAGCCGGUAAAGCAUGUAGGACCUGUUGGGCCGGUUGGGCCGGUUGGACCGACACCAUUGGCAACACCGGAAUGGGUCAAGUCGCUCAUACAUGGCAAAUGAAGACUGAAUGAUUUAAGUCUCUCUCAUAACAGCCUUGCUUGAAGUCAGGCUACGCGGAUUUUAGUAUUGCAUCGCGAGAUCUACCUAGCCAACUCAUUCAUACGAACCUUGGAAUAGAUUAUCUCUCAGAUCUCUGGGCCAUUGAAGCACUACCUG